AUGCACGAGCCGAUCACAACCACCUCGUCUGUGUCGGGCUCUUCCCACGCGUUCCACAGGUGGAAGCAGAAGCAGUCGGGCACGUCGACCCACUUGAUCCCGCGCGCGUCGCGCGCGUUUUUAUCGAGCACGCCGAACCGAGACAUUUUGUUCUCGUCGUACACGACGGGGGACCCGCCGCACGCCAUCUCGGACAGGCGGAACACGACCUGCUGGUCGGGAACCACCACGAAAUUUUCGGUGAUGGCGAAGUCGUGCAUCAUGGUGGGGUCUGUCACGGGGAUUUCCACGUCGUCCGAUUUCGUCCCGUCCCUCGAGAAUUUGAAGUACUUGAGCGAACAUCUCGCCGGUGGACGGGUCGAGCUUCGGGUGGGCGAUCAUGGUGGACGACAGCUGGCGGUCGAAGUCGUAGCGGCCGACGGUCUGGAGGUCGCCGUCGAGGGUGACGCGGACGUGGUAGGGGAGGUCGUCCUCGGACAUGGCGAGGAGGCGGGAGUUGAAGAAGACGAGGCCGGCGUUGGCGACGCCGGUGCCGUGAGUGGGGUCGACGAGGCCGAAGAGGCUGCGGGCGUAGAAGAGGGCGAGGCGGGCGAUGCCGGAGUGGCCGUGGAGCUCGCCGAUGGCUUUGGGGAAGAUGGGGCGGCCGAGGGCGAGCUCCUGGGAGAGGCGGUGGGUUUGGGUGAAGCGGCAGGAGUAGGAGGCGGUGGUGGCGUCGUGGAGGGUGACGGCGUGGAUCAUGCCGUCUCCGUCGAAGAAGUGGUGGCCGGCGAGGGGCUGGAAGAGGGGGUUGGCGCCGUUGCGGAGGUAGACGCCGCGGAUGGAGUCGGGGAUCUUGCCGGAGACGGGGAGGGAGUGGCGGACGGGUUGCUCGGGGACGGGGGAGAAGUUGCCGGAGAUCUGGAUGUGGGGGUCGGCGUUAUUCCUUGA